AUGGAACCAAUAGACCGUCAGAUACGCCCGAUUUACGAUGCUAUUGACCACGGAGCGUACAAGCAAGCCGUCGCGACUUGCAACAAGCUGCUCAAAAGGUACCCUAAGAAUGACCUUGUGAAGGCCUUGAAAGCUCUCGCACUCGUGCGCAUGCAGAAAGUCGAGGAGCCGAUGGCGCUUUGCGACGAAGUUCUCGCUGCAAAGCCCACGGACGAAGGAGCGCUCAGCGCCAUGUCCAUCACCCUCCGCACUCUCGGCCGCCAUGCUGACUCUGUCACGAUGUACGAAGAAGCUUUCAAACGCUUACCCCAGAGCGAAGAGAUGGCUGCGCAGACAUUCUGCGCGUACGUUCGCUGCGCCAAGUGGAAGAACGGUCAAUUGCUUGCGACGAAGAUGAACAAGAUGUUCCCCCACAACGACCACUAUCAGUACUGGGCAGCCAUGUGCGCUGUACUUCAGGCGAACGAACCUGCAACGGCCCCUAACAUGCGCGAUAUAUUGUACAAGCUCGCGCAUCGCGUGAUCUCCAAUGCAUGGAAGGCGACAGAACCUACCGCUGAACGCUUAUACUUAUAUCUUCGUGUCCUACGCGAAUUGAAACUCCAUGAAGAAGCAUUGGAGCUUCUGAAAUCUGAAGUGGGCCAGAUACUCUGCGCCAGGAGUCUUGCUUGUGAUGAGAUGCGCCGCUUCAUCCUACAAGACAGCGGUGCUAUUGCAGAAGCGAGCGAGACGAGCAAGAAGCGCAUCGCAGACGGUGAUCGCAAUUGGCUCGACUUCCUCGCAGUUCUCGAUGGCUAUGUACCAACAUCUGGCUCAGCCGAGACCACUGCGGAUACUCUUGCCGAAGCGCGCGCGUACUUCCAAGACAUCGCUGAGAAAGACGGGAGGAAAGAUAGGGCCGGUCUUCUCGCCCUACUUGAACUGGAGAAGCGUGCCAAAACUCAUAGGUUAUCACAAGAGCCAACCCGACUUGAAGACUCAUUACGACACUACUUCGACACAUUCGGCGACAAGGCUGUUUGCUUUGAGGACCUAUUGCCUUAUAUCUCGCUUGAUGGUGAGGAACUCGCGCAAUGGACUCAAUAUCUCGACGGCCUCCCAUCCUCCUUGGAUGAUGUACCCAACGUGCAGAGAACGAUCAACGUUCAUAAGCUUAGGCGUUUCAACUUGUCCGGGGACGAUGUUACCCCAGAGUCCGAAAGUGCCAGGGCGUUACAGCUCAUCCAACAAUACAUGGAUGCCCUUCCUAUCGGAGCUGGCUUCCCUAAGACGGAGCUCCAACCAGCGGACGACCUCGCCAUCCUCGCCGCCCAAGGUUACGUGAACGCAUACUCCCUCUCCCGCGACGAAUCGUACCUGAAUAGGGCCGCCGUUAUCCUCGAAUAUGGUCUCACCAAAAGCUCGCAAUGCUUCAAGAUGCGCCUGAUGCUCAUUCGGAUAUACCGACUUCUGAGCGCGGCACAACUGGCCUUGGAUCACUAUCGGGCACUCGAGGUCAAGCAAGUUCAAUGUGAUACGAUGUCGCACUAUGUGCUCUCACGUUCAUCUCUGUUUUCCCAUGCCGCCACCGGCGAUAUCACCUACCUGAACGAGAUUACAGAGUCCAGCUUGAUCUACAUCAGCAAUUCCUCGGAGACCGCGGAUUAUUCUGUUAGGGCAUUCGUCAACGAGAAGUACUCACAGAUCGAGAACUUCAUUGAGUUUGAAGACCGGCUGGAUAACUCACUGGCGAGGGAUGUCAUUAAGCUCGAACAUGUGCGGAUGCGUAUGACGUUUGAGCCCAUCAUGGUUGGCGAUCUUGUGGACAUGGAGGCUUUGGAACUCAAGUUCAUCUUCGAUCGCGUACACCAUGAUAACCGGGAUAGGGAAGUCCUUCCUAGCUACCAACCUCGCUCACGACCAUCAUUCUACGACCAAACUCUGCUCUUCGAUAAGGACACUGAGCUGGGCUGGCUCAACAGUUUCUUGCGGGUCUACAUCCGUGUCUUCAAGCUCGCGUCCGACAUGGAUAACAGUGUCGAGGAGAAGCUUCUUAUCGGCGAUCGCCCUAAGCCGAGCAAUAACGAGGAGAUGGCUCUGCCGCUCGAUGAGCGCCUCGUGAUGAGGAAACCGGAGGAGCUCGAAGAGUUGACGCCGGAGGAGACCGCGUUCUUCGAGUACGCGACCGCGCUUUGCGACUGGCUGGCCCCGUAUCACGAGUACUCGCGUCCACCAGCAGACGCCGUUCUGGCCGAAGCUGACAAGCAGUCUCAACUCCGUGCGAAGGGCAUCAACCCGUCGUUCUCUGACGGGCCUAUCACUGUCACGAACGGUAUCGUGAAGAAGGAUGAGGAGCCUCCCGCAUUCAAGGAGCCGCCUCCUUCUUUGGUCGAGUACUUCGACGGCGUGCAGAACCGCUUCCGCGAGCUCCUAUCCUCUGGUGCACGGCUGUACGAGCUUCUUGAGGUUGCCACUCUUGCGCAAGAGGCUCUAAUCUGCUUCACCAUUGAGACCCUGCGAUUCCGUAACGCUGCCCUAGUGAAGGCAUACAAGUUCAGCGCGCUUGUACAAAGCUUCAAGGACGUACGCGUUCGUGCACUAGACGUCAUGGAAGAGAUUGGCACGGAAAUGACGAAGCUCGGCGAGACUCUGGGCACCCAGGAGACGCGCAAGGUCUUCGUCGACUCGUGUGCAGACCUUGAGACUUUCCCCGCGCUCACGCACGAGCGCAUCCUCGACAUCGCCAAGAAUGUCACAGAUGCUCGCAAGAAGCUUGCUGUUGGCUCUGGCAAGGGCUACAAGAAGGUUGCAAAAGUCCAUAGUGCAUGA